GAUCGUCGUUGAGUUAUAUCAGCGCGUGUGCACGUUUUACUCCAUCGCGUGUCCUCGUCUCUCCCAGCUCCCUCUCCGACUCCGCGUUGCCCGCAGAGCAGACAGACGGACUCGCCCCUUUAACGCUGCUCCGUUCCUUAACUCUCCGAGUCUCGCGUCUCUGCGAGCGUCGCUUGUCGACGAUUUAACCUUUUGCAGUGAAUUUCUCGACCGGUGACACGAACGCGUCCAAGUGAAACGAGUGUCAUUCGAGUUUGCAUCGAAGAAGUCAGCAGCUGAAGCAGAAGCUAGUACGGUCAUUUAUUGUACGUAUUAACGCACUUUUCGUUCGACGCUGUUUUGAGUUCAGUCGUGCACACACUCAGUUCGACCGAGCAAUUGGAAGUUCUUCUCGUUCUCAAGCAUACAAUAUAAUAUAUAUAUAUAUACUCUUGUGGUGCUAGUGCGAAUAGCAGAAGCAAGUUUUUCAAGAAGUACAGAGUUUGAAGAAUUUUUACUGUGUCAACCAGUGUAGAGCGAGUCCUUACGACAGCGCUACGAAAUCUACGCACCGAGGCGGAGUAAUAUGAGUAAUGCAGACAACCAGAAUGGAUCAGGUCUAGAGCAGCAAUUAGCUGGUCUGGACUUGCAGGACUCCCGCCAAUCGAGUGGGGGUCGCUACGUUCCGCCGCACCUUCGAAACAAGUCUGCAAACUCGUUUUCAGAUAGUCCGCAGGGCGGCGAUCGUCCACCUCUCUCAUCCCAGGGAGGCCGUUUCGGGGAUCGGGGUGGCGAUCGUGACCGUGGCCGCGGCUUAGGAGGUGGUGGUGGUGGUCCUGGUGGCGGCGGUGGCUACGGCCGGCGCAACGACGCCGACUUUGGCAACUUCGGCGGACGCAAUCGGCGCCAGGAGAAUGGCCGUGACUAUCGCUACGAGCGCGAUGCCCCGCGGUCUGGCGGCAACGACAGGUGGCAGGAACAGCCGCGCGGCAACGACCGCUGGCAGGACAACGGCAGGAAUGACCGCAUGGGAGGUGAGUCGGUCAACGGUGGAGGCGGUGGAAGAUGGAACGACGAUGAUAGAAGGGGUGGCGGCGGCGGCGGUAAACAGAUUGACUGGACCAUACCGACCGCAAGAGACGAAAGAUGUGAGCUUGAGUUGUUCGGCGAGAGAAGCACAGGCAUCAACUUCAGCAAAUAUGAGGAUAUCCCAGUUGAGGCAUCCGGUGAAGAUAUUCCACCGCACAUCUCAUCCUUUGACGAGGUUAAGCUGACGGAGAUAAUCAAGAACAGCAUUAACCUGGCUGGCUACGACAAGCCUACUCCUGUGCAGAAAUACGCUAUACCGAUCAUCAUUGGUCGUCGCGACGUGAUGGCUUGCGCCCAGACUGGCUCGGGCAAAACGGCCGCUUUUCUCGUACCGAUUUUGAAUCAAAUUUACGAGAGCGGACCGCCACCCUUACCCCCAAAUGCCAGUGGUCGUCGCAAGCAGUAUCCGCUGGGUCUGGUGCUGGCGCCCACCCGCGAGCUCGCUACGCAAAUCUACGAUGAGGCGCGCAAGUUCGCCUACAGAUCGCGUAUGCGUCCGGCCGUAGUCUACGGAGGAUCCAAUAUGGUCGAGCAGUUGCGUGAACUCGAUCGUGGAUGUCAUUUGUUAGUUGCCACGCCUGGUCGUCUCGUAGACAUGCUGGGCAGAGGCAAAAUUGGUCUGCACAAUUGCCGUUACUUAGUACUAGAUGAGGCUGAUCGGAUGCUUGACAUGGGUUUCGAGCCUCAAAUUCGACGCAUCGUCGAGCAGGACACUAUGCCUCCCACUGGAGAAAGACAAACUCUUAUGUUCUCUGCUACCUUCCCCAAAGAGAUUCAAAUGUUGGCCAGAGAUUUCUUAAGCAACUACAUUUUCUUGGCCGUUGGCAGAGUCGGUUCGACCUCGGAGAAUAUCACCCAGAAAAUCGUCUGGGUAGAGGAGCAUGAGAAACGAUCGUAUCUUCUAGACUUGCUUGGAGCUUGUAACUUCCAAGAGCCAACUCAGGAAUCAUUGACAUUGGUGUUCGUGGAGACCAAGAAGGGAGCUGACAUGCUGGAAGAGUUCCUGCAUAAUCAGCAUUACCCGGUAACAAGUAUCCACGGAGAUCGUUCUCAACACGAACGUGAGGAUGCGCUACGUCGCUUCCGCUCUGGUCAUACUCCGAUUUUAGUGGCCACUGCCGUUGCAGCUCGUGGUCUUGAUAUUCCCCAUGUGAAGCACGUUAUUAACUUUGAUCUUCCUGGAGACGUAGAAGAAUACGUUCAUCGUAUUGGUCGUACCGGCCGUAUGGGAAAUCUUGGUUUGGCAACAUCCUUCUUUAACUCAAAGAAUCAGAAUUUGGUGCGCGAUUUAGUAUCAUUGCUCGUUGAGGCUAAUCAAGAAUUGCCGCACUGGCUAGAAGAUAUGUGCUCUGAUUCUCGGCAUGGUGGAGGUGCCAGCCGGCGACCAGCUGCCAAGGGUCGCUUCAGUGGUGGUGGAUUUGGCGCCAGAGAUUACCGUCAAUCUAGCGGUGGUGGUGGACCACCCAGUCGUAGCAGCGGACCUCCCGGUAGACCCGGCGGUUAUGGAGGGGGUUAUGGAGGUGGCGGUGGCUAUGGUGGCAACUACAACUCUUCGUACAAUUCCAGUAACAAUAGUGGUGGUGGUAGUGAUCAAGACUGGUGGGCGUCAUGAGGCAAAUAGAAGCAGCAAUAAAAAAUGCACCGCCGUCACCGCGCUACCAUUAUUACUACUACUCUACAUGCAAAUUCAACUAUAUGUAAGAAAGUCACGCGAGGAAACACUUAAAAUGACACUAAUACAAGAUUUAAGCAGACAUGCGCCAGCGCGUUUAAGAAACAGAACAACAAAAUUAUGGAUUGUACGGCGAUACAUAUAAACUUAUACAUAAACAAGCACACUCAAGUAUACACACGUACAAGUAAGAAGGUAAAAGAGACGCGCGCAAAAGGCAGUAGGCAAACAUUACGAGACCUUUGCAAGUAGUAUAUCACUCUAUCGUGACUGCCUAAAUGCACCUCUGAUGUGUCAUUGCAGCAAUGAAAAAGUAACAUGAUUAUAAUCGCUUAGGAUUUCACUUACAAUGAAAAGACGGUGAACAAUAGAUAAAAUCGGCGAAGCGAUUUUUUCUUCUUUCGUAAAUAAGGCUCGCUCUUAUUGAGAAAAAGCCUCGUGCCAACUGGCGCACGUAUUAGUAGAAUCAUUACUUAUCAUCAAAUAAAAUAAACGAACGUCGAGACUAUGUUCUAAAUAAUAAAAAUAGAAAGAAAAUGAGAUAAACGAGUAUUAAGCAACAUCAGAGUGCAACUACGCUCGUGAAACAUAAUUUUCGGUAGCCGGGUACUCGUUUCGUAACGAUCAACAAAUAGUGCGGCUCGUUGUGACUUUUGCUAAGUAAAUUUUUUUUGCUCGGGAUCGAGCGCUCGUACGUUUUAAAAAUACAGAAUAUGAUUAUUUCUUGAAUUUAUAUAAUUCAGAAUCGACGAAUGGUACUUUUGUCCUUUGCCGUCCCUAAAAAUAAAAAACGAGACAAGAGAAGAAAAAGAGCAUAACUAAACAAGUAACGCGACGAAUUUCGUCGAGAUAAAGUCGUAAUAUGAUACAAGCGACAAAUAGAAAAAUGAAAUAUAACAAAAUCGCGCGCCUUCGUUAAAAAGAAGAGAGCCGAAUAGAAAUCCUAGACUUUUGGGAAGUAACAGAGGAAGCAUUUAUUUGCUUCGUUUUUGUUCUCCCUUCUUUACUACUAUUAUUAUAAUUAUUACUAUUAUUAUUAUUCUUUCCUCUUCGCAAACAACGAGCAGCCGGUACAGCUCUAUCGAGUUCGACAUCGAUUUUUUACGCGAGACGCGAUUCGGAUCUCAGAUAUAUAAGGUAUAUACAAGAGAAAAGAAAAGAAAAAGUGAAAGACAGUUCGAUGAUUGCAUCAACGAAUUGCUCUUUGUCGCGUUAUUUUUCUCUUGGCUAUACGGGCAAAUUCGUCGUUUGCGGCUAGGGAUACGUAUACACACAAGCAGGAAGAAACGCGUGUCCCGCAUUGAACGUAUUAUUUUUUUUCGUUCAUUUAUUCUAAGAAAUGAAGAGCGCGGUUUAAUGAGAGAUAGAUAAAAAACAAAGGUUGCAGUUACAGGAGCAGCUUAUAUAUGAGGGAGUGAUGCAAGAAAAAUGAAAAGAGAGAAAAGGCAAGUGAGAAUGUGAAUUCUGCAAGAGAGAAUCCAGUGAAAAAGUGAGUGCGUGAGUGACGCGCGAUUAAUAAACUUUUUUUGCGGCUCGUCGCAAGCGAAAAAAUAAUAAGAUAACCCCGUGUGAAGCCGUCGAGCAUUCGCAUUACAAUUUUUGUAACUGUAUUUUAAAAAAAAGUAAACGGUAUGACGUGCGCUAUACAUAUUAUAAAUAACGUUAAAUAUAAUAAUCAUAAAGUUAACGUACCGUAUAAGUAAUUAAAGAACAACAAAAUAAUUAAACAAAUGAAAAUAAAAGACGACUGUGAUAUUGAACGAUCUUGUGACAUUCGAUUAACGUGUUUCGAAUCGUUUAUUUUCCUUUUUUUUAAGGGAGACACGAGAGAGUAAACAAGUUUCGAGAUCAAACGAUUAGCGAAGAAGAAUAUUGAAAAUAAAACCUUCGAGUCGCUACCGAGACAGAAAUCGAAUGUCUCUCCGCGUUAUUCGAGACAUACGCGUACAAAAAAGUAAACAAUUUCUCGAGUCGUUCUCUAUUUAAAGAAAUAACGGUAAAGUUCGGAAUCUAAAAAAGAAUUAACGGAAAAACGGGAUGCGCUAGGUCGAAUAUAGUGAAGAAUACAAAUAACGAAGCUAAACUGCGCUGUGCUGUCCGAUAUCUCGUAAGGGAGGGCCGAACGUUUAUUAUAGUAUACACUAGGCGACGUUUAAGAGGAUAGAAACUCCAGGUGAGAGAGAGAAAGAGAAAAAGAGCGAGGGACCGCUGAAGCGAGGGCGAAAUAUUGCUUGCAAUCUUUUUGAGAUCACCCAGUUGAUCUAUAGUUUUAAUGUAAAUAAAUGAAAAUUUUUCGGGAAUGAUUCAUUUUGUUUUUUCCUGGCUCUUGGAUAACCAUGAGCAUUGAAAAAAUGAAACGACUAUCCGACUAAUACAUGAAAAGUAUACAUUUGAGCUUUCCCAAUGAGAAUCUGAUCUAAGCCAGCAUAAAUUAAGUUUCGAGAAUUUUCGUAGGAAUGUCUAAUUAUACAAAAGAAAUUUGUUGUUUAUAGUAAAGCAAAGUAAAAAGAACGAAGUAAAAGUAAUUUAGCUCUGUAAAGCCUGUAACAUUGUAAGUGAUAUGUACUAGUCUUCGCAGAGUCACAAGAAAUUUUGUUAUUUAGGGUCAGUGCAAGUUAUAUACUCUUAUACAAAAGCGCAUCAUUUACCAAGUAUUGCAUACUCGCGUGCGCUCGAGUAAGUCUUAGUACUUCCAAGUAAAGUGCAAGUUUUGUCGAAGCUGAACAAAAUACACAAUAAAUAACGAAAAAGACUGAUCCCUCUCUCUGUCUUUUUCUCUCUCGCGAGCAUACACAAGCAAGUAAAUGAGCAUAACCGCGUCGACGAAUUCUCCAAUUCUUUCAUCGCAAGGAUGAACACAAGAGUACAAAAAAGUCGCAAAUCGCGCGUUGGAAGAGUAACUAGAAGCAGUGUAAAAUCUCGGAGAGUUGAUAAACACGAUAAUAAGCAGAGUGGGGAAGAAAGGUGUGAGCGCAGGUCGCGGCGCGUUCGUGGACCAAGUGGUGGUGUGCGAUUAAAUAAUUGUUAACAUCCUCGUCGACGAGGAGUUAUUAAACUAUUCUUUUCUUUUUAUCGCUGAAUUUCUUCUCACAUUCGAAGGAAAGCUUCGCGCGUAUAUGGCGUUCAUCGAGUUUUGCGUAGAACGCGUUUAACGUCUCUCGAAAUUUCUCGGAGUGAAUUUACAUGUUAUGAUCAUUUUACAUGCGCAUCGCUCUCAUACACGGCUUUUUGCGAGGGAGCUCAUAUAACGUACGCGCUCAUGAUCUAGAAAAAGUAUUAAACUAUAGAUGUUCAUUAUUCGAUUUUAAUUAAAUAAUUAUUUAUUCUUGCGGUUGUAAAAAUGAGAAAUUUUGUUUUCAUUUUUGCAAUCGAUUUCUUGUGCUUCUAAAUUGUUAUCUAAAUCUCUUACGUGAAGUUUAGAUAAGAAUUUUCGAACGUAUAAUGACAGUAUUUUUAUUCCAACAAGGAUUGAGUGCAUUUCAUAAUGAAACUCGAAUCUUUUGGAAUGAACAUUACACUGUAAACUUUAGCCAGAUAAUAUAAUGCACACAUUAUUUAUAAAAACACGACUCCAAGAAAUUUAGAGAGCUCAUUGGUCUUCGGACUCUCUCUUUUUGCGAACGCUUCAGACCUGGAACGUUUUGCAUUUUGACUUUUACUUUUCACUAACUUCGCUGUUUUACUUUUAUUCAUGUAUUUUUUUGUAAACACAUUUUACAUCUAUUAAUUUAAAUUAAAUGGUUCGUUAUUCUCACGUAUAAUUUGAGUGAGCAUCUCAAGCACAUACUUGAUGAAAGAUAUAAGCACUUUUCUGCCUCGAUUUUUGUUACUUUACACGUAAAGGAACUUUUUAUUAAUUCAGAUUCGAUUGAUUUAAUCAAAAAAUUAAAUUUGAAAUCUCAACUUCUCAAACUCUUCAAAUAGAAUAAAAGAUGCAAACAAAAUUAUCGAAGAACAGUCACGGCUCUUUUUCGCUAUUUUUGCUUCAGCAAAUUUAUGAAAAUCCAUACACGAGCUUUAUUUGUUAAUGUAAGAGCAGGUUUCUUCUCAACAGUAACGAAAGGUGCUGAUAUCUGUAGCUCGUAUUUGAGUGAAAAAAAAGACAGAAUAAGGGAUAAAACAAUCCCAGAAAUAACGUCGCUUUUUUAAAAAAAUUCCAGGAUUAUAUUCCAGUAAGAGAAUAAGAAAGAGAGAGAGAGAGAGAGAGAGAGAGAGAGAGAGAGAGAGAGAGAGAGAGAGAGGGAGAGAGAGAGAGGGAGAGAGAGAGAGAGAGAGAGAGAGAGAUGAUGUAUAGCGUUACGUAAUUAGUUGCAAAUUUCGCAGAAACGGGGAGCAAAAUAGACAGGAAAAUUUCGAAGGGUGAAAACCCUUCGCUGCUCCUCGAUAGCGCGCGACGUAUUUCUAUUGUUAAUACUAUGAUUUUUUUUUCUUAUUUUUAAAUGAAUAAAUAACGAAAAGGCUCGAGCGCAUAACGACGCCGCCACGUGUACAUAUGUAGGACCAUUCUUUUUCCGCGUGUCAAUAGUCGAAUUUAUUAAAGAAUAAAAUAAAAGAAGGUAUAAAGAGAGUCGUGAAAAAGACAAGGGAUAGAAAGAAUUUUAACGAGGAUUAACGUGGAAAAAACCCUCUGUAAUCGAUCGAGUUUUUUCUAUACAGAUACGUUUGGGAUACGCGUAUUUUUUUAUAGUCAGAGGAGAGUACGGGAGACCACACAAAUAGAAGUUUGUCGAGCAAACGAGUAAAAAAAUUAAGCACCGCAUCAUCGGUGCCUUUUCCGCGGAUAUUAAAAACGUAUAAAGCCAGAACCACGCCAAGUCGUGGCUCUCGUUGAGAAAAGUUAACGCGUUUAAACAAAUCGACGAUUGUUUAUUCCUCUCUUUUUUUAAAUCCCCGAUGAUUUAUACUGUGUAUGUUCCUAUAAUAGUAGUUGAAAAGUAACUAAUGUCGUUUCCCUCACGUUCGUUGUCCUUGUUAUUUUCUCCCGUUACAUGUAGAACAUUUAUUAUAAUAAUUAAACACGCGUCUCUCGCGCGAUGAUCGUGACUUAUGACCUUUUUUCCGUUGCGUUUAGUCCUCCGAGAGUGUAAAUCGGACACGAGCAGUCUCGCGUUAUAUUGCGAUAAUAAAAUGUCGACGGUCUCAUAUUGUAAAGGUAAAAAAGGAGGUGGAUGUAUCGAGGGUACGUCCUUCGGUAUGUGCACGCGCAGCAACAUGAAAAGUACAUAGCAAAAAUUGAAUAAAAGCGUCGCCUUGCGUAGGCGACGUUUAGGACGAAGAAUAACCGAUUUUUUGGGCGCGGGCCGAAAAUUACGUGAGCCUUCUUCUCGCUUAAGUAUAUAUAAAAACAAAAAAGAUUAGUGAGAAGCGAUGAUUAUAAUAUACUUUGGCGGCGUUAGGAGGCAUUAAAACAAAAAGACGAUUUAGAGAAAAUUUAAAAAGUGCGGUGCGCGAUGAUUUAAACAAAUGUGUGAGUGUGAGAUGUGCGUGUGCGAGAUUUGGUGAGAAAGGAAAACAACAAUUGGGGGGCUAUGAAUAUCACAACCUAUUAUAUUAUAAAUAAGAUGAUGGAGGGAAAAAACGUUGACUGUGACUGCAAUCAUAAUAUACUGGAGAAACACAAAGGAGUACCGAGGCAUUGAAGGGAUAAAGCAAGGGAGAAAAUUAUGAGUAUCAUUUUUGCAUGACAAACAAAUAUGCGGCGUGCGAGAUAAAAAUAAUGAAAGUGAGGUAGAGAGGAUAUAUUGAGAGGAUUUUAUUGUUGUAAAAACUGGUUGCAUUGUCGAGGUAGUUAAUGACUGUCUGCGAGCCGGAAUUUCUGAGUCUUUUCCUCGAGAAGAUAUCCAAACAACUUGAAUUGUAAAAAUACAGAAUUUUCACAUAAUUUCUUGCGUACAGUCAUUGACAAGCUCGAGCAGUUUAGAAAUUAUUGGCGAGUGUUUAUCAUCGAAAUUCUGUUCACACGUUUGCCUCGAAUUAGAAGUGAAAAAAAAUUAAAAGUAAAAGGAGAUAGAGAGAAAGAGAGCAAGUUAGUGUGUUAGAGAGAAAGAGAGUGAGUGGAAGAUGAAAAUUAGAGCGAACGAGAGGAGAGCAAGAAGAUGAAAAUAGUCGCGUUGGCGCGAGAACGAUGAUAAAAUUUAUUUAUUAUCUAAUAUCAUCAUUAUGCACGUAAAGUACGAAAAUUCUGUGGUCUUUUAGCUGUUAUUAUAAUAAUACACAUGUUUGUCAUACACCGUUCAUUCUUCGUUUAUUGUAUUAACGAAACAAACACAAAGUAAAUCGACUUAGUCGAUGUCGUUCGAACUGUACAAUCGACGGGUUUGAUUGGCUAUAGUCCAGUUCAGUUCUUUCUUUUUCAAUGACUCUGAGCUUUGUUAUUACACUGAAUCGCACAAAGUUUUGCAGAACUGCACGUACGAUUCAACGCCCAAUGUAUUACAUCGUUUUGUAUUUUUUUUUUAAUCCGCGACUAAACUUUUUUCUACAUAAAAAAUCGACGAUAACUAUGUAAAAAUUAUAAUGUAACCGCAGCGAAUGAAUGUUUUUUUUUAUGUUAAAGCGAAAAAAAAGAUCAAUGAAACUUGUACAAUCUGUGAGAGAUUCCGGCAAAGUCUCUCAUCAGGCUUUUUUUGUCAUUUUCGCGUCGAGCAGCGACAUGAACUCUCGCACGUUCGCCGAUUAUAUAUUCACGAAAUAAAUGAAAAAAUAAAAAUUUAAUGAAUAAAUAACGAGAGUAAUAGGAGAAAAAGUUUAUGGUAGAGCGCCUAAAGAAACACCGAUUUUUGCGCUGUGAAGAAACAAAAAAUAAAUAGGGGUGUUUAUGGGGCGGGGAGAGGAGUGCGUUUUAAAGCGGAACGGUGACGUACCAUUCUGUCGGUCUUAUAUUAGUAAUUAAAUAUUUACACUCUACGUUAGUUGACAGGAUGUGAAAUGAAUACAAAAAGUAAAAAUAAUAAAAAAUGAAAGAAGAUUAAAAAAAUUAGAUGAAUCUACAAAUCGCUGUACGUCGUACACGUGUAUUGAAAAUGAAAAUAAAGAGAGUGGUAUCUCGACAAAUGAUGCCAAUUAUGGCUUUCACGAAAAAAAAAA